AUGAUUACUAACUUUAUAAUUUUAGUGUAUUUGGCAUCAUGGACCUUGUUCAUUCUUGUGAUGAUAUUGAUUGGAUAUCUAAUAGAUAAAUCAUAUAGAUUAGCUUCAAUAUCUCCUUAAAUUAACAACAAAGCAAGAGCUGAAACAACUUUUGCAAUUCAACCAAUUACAUCAAAAAUAUAAAAUCAUACUAGAACAUAGCAAAUAACUAGGCUUGAAAACAAUGAACUAGAUGAUUUUUUUAAUAAUCCAGUAGAUAAUUCACCAAACUAGAUAUAAGAUGAUUAAUAUUAUAGCAACGUGGAGAGAAAUAUCACAGAAUAAACUUCUCCAGUUCGUUUAACAGUAGAAUCAAAACAGAUGUAAUCUCCCAGAACGAAUAGAACACCCUAAAGAUCGAAUACGUUAAGAAGAACUAUUUUGAGAAAACCAACAAUUGGUACAUAUGAGGGAAUAGAUACUAUAUAGACUACGAAUAGGAAAAGUUUAAGAACUUCUCGAAGAGGAUUAUCAUAAAUUCAAAAUGAUAGAAGUAGUGUUGGUGAUUCUACUCCCAGAUCAACAAAUCAAAAAUAAUUAUAAAAUUAAACAAGAAUUUCCCAGUUUAGCAUUCUUGGUAAGCUUGAACCGAUAUAAUAAGAUCCAAAUUAUAUGAUACCAAAACCAGAAAAUGAUAUUUAUAAAUGUCAUUAAUUUAGUAAAAUAUUUUAUUCGCAUAAAGAGGGGAUUUCAAGAAUUUUUAUGAUCUUUACAAUAUAUUUUCGAUAAUUAAUUUGUUUGGAUGUGUCAGGAGUGCUUUUACAUUAUCUUCCAAAUCUCAAUUUUUGGAUCAUUAUUGCAAUAACAACAAGCACUUGUUUGAUAUUGAAGAUAACUGAUUAUCAUGCAAUCAAAGGUAUUGUUCGUCAUCAUCAAAAGUUAAAAUAUGUUUAAAUAGUUUUUUGGAUAUCUAGCAUAGGAAUAAUAAUUUGGUUCAUUAUGUUUCUAAGUUUUGAUAAUUUAUAAUGGUUUAUUGAAUAUCUACCUAGUUUACUUUUAGAUUUAAUAGUGAUUGAUCCAUUAAAAUAUUUUAUGAUCAAAUAUUGUUUGCAAGAACCAAAGAAAAUCAGAGAACCUAAAUCAAAGGUAGAUGUCCUAAAAGUAAUGCAAUAAAUUAAAUGA